CAACACAAGCGUCAGCCCAGCCAAGCCUCCAUUCCCGACGAAACCCUCUUUCUCGCACGUCUCCGAUGGCCGCCGCCGCCGGGCCGCUCCGCCGGCUGCUCCUCCGCAUCCGCGACCCGCCGCCGCUCCCCUUCAACGCGCUCCUCUCCCGCCUCCCGCCGCACCUCCAGCAGGGCCCCAUCCUGACCCCGGAGCCGCCUCCGCUCCCGGCCUCGACGCCGACCCGGACGCCGCCCGCGAACCUCCGCGACUCCCUCCUCUCCUUCCACCCGGGACUCCAGAUACACCCGUGCCUAGAUCCGAUCGGGGAUGCCCCCGCCGUGGAGGAGGGCGGCGGAGAGGCGGCGGAGGUGUGGGCGGACAGCGUGAAGAAGAAGCGCAAGCGCAAGAUGAACAAGCACAAGCUCCGCAAGCUUCGGAAGCGACUCCGCCGCCAGACAUGAGCUCUCUCUCCGCUUCGGUAUGAAGGUUGUUGGACUUGAAACCAGGGUCUCCAAUGCCAUUACACGCUGGUUCUGGGCUGACCACGGCUGCGGUUUUUUGUUUGGCAAAGGAGCUACUUGUUCAAUAGCAGCCAUCAAUUGUUGGUACUAACAUUCUAGAAACAAUGACAGAACUCAUAAUGAAACUGAGCCAUGAUCGAGCUAGGUUUAAAUCUUGAUUUCUGCCAAAUAAAAGCUCCAGAUUCAGUUGUUUUGUUGCUGCGGAAGUGCUUCACAAAUUUUAUUUGAGGGAACCUGAACUUUUGCACUCUUGAGUGCUGUUUAUCCUGUUGAUACCUGACAAGUUAGUUGAGGCCUGCCUUUAUGGUAUCACCUGGAUCUAUACUUACCUUUCA